UCAACAUGGCGACACAACAAACUGAGGAGGUGGAAGCAAUGGAAAACGUGAAACGAACUUCGCAUCCUGGCUUCAGCAACGACAAGUAUUCUCUUCUCGUCAUUGUUGGCGAACAUAGUAGGACUGGACUUGUGGACUACGUGGUUGCGGAGAUAGAGAGAGGCAUCCGCUCGUGGGACGUGGACCUGACUGCCUGUAACCUGGACGAGCAGCUCAAGCUCUUUGUGUCCCGACACUCUGCCACCUUCUCUGAGGAAAUCAAAGGCCAGAAGACACUGCAGCACAGUGGUGACAUUCUGGACACACAGGUGGUGGUGAACCCAUCCCAUGAGUUGGUCUGCUCAGAGGUGCGCAGGGUUGUAUCUGAUGUUUCUUGCCACAAGUUGUUGGUUCUUGCUGGACAAUGUGUUGAAGGGUCCGGAGACCUGGUCUUACAAACAGGAUGCUUCUCUCUCAGUGACUUCAUUCAGAUAUUUGCUGAUGAAGAGAUUGGAGAAUUGUUGAGUUCGGCUGACCCAACACAAAAGGCUUGCCUUACACUUUGCUGUCCGAUCUCUGGGGUGUGGAAGAACUCUGUGUUGGAGAAGCACAAUCUGCAAGACUUCAUUGACAUCAAAACAAACCCACCGUCAGUGCUGCCUGAAAUGGAAGGCCUUCAAGAGUUCACAGAAUACCUCUCAGAGUCCCUGGAGCCACUGUCUCCUUUUGAGCUGCUGGAGCCCCCCAGUACCGUGGGCUUCCUCAAACUCUCCCGCCCCUGCUGCUAUGUAUUUCCAGGUGGGAGAGGAGACUCUGCCUUCUUUGCUGUUAACGGUUUCAACGUUCUUGUCAAUGGUGGUUCUGAUCCACGCUCCUGUUUUUGGAAACUUGUUAGACAUUUGGACAGAGUUGAUUCUUUGCUCCUCACCCACAUUGGUUCAGACAAUCUACCAGGGGUUAACAGUCUUCUCCAAAGAAAAGCAGUAGAACUGGAGGAAGAACAGUCUGCUGACUCUCAGAUCAAUGAUGACUGGAUGAAAAAUCUAAUUUCACCUGAGAUUGGAGUUGUUUUCCUUAAUGCCCCAGAGAGAUUGAAGUCAUUCCGGGGUGAUCCCAAAGAACUGCAAAGCUGUGAUCAGGUGGCACUCAUGUUGCAGCACCUUGAAAGGCUGACAAUCAACCCGGAACCUCUUAGUCGCUCAAAUGGACCCACCAUUGAGCCUGUUAUACUUUUCCAGAAGAUGGGAGUGGGGCGACUAGAGCUUUACGUUCUUAAUCCAGUCAAAGGCAGUAAAGACCUUGAGAUUUUGAUGCAGACUUGGCCAAGCAAUGGAUCCAACACAAAAAGCUCUGAGAUACCUCUGCCUUGCCUUGUCUCCAUCUGUGCUCUACUAGUGUGGCAUCCGGCCAGUCCUCUAGAAAAGAUUAUUCGAGUUCUUUUCCCUGGGUGUACUCCGCAGGUUAAGAUUUUUGAAGGACUUGAGAAAGUAAAGCAUCUAGAACUCUUGAAACACCCAGCCGUAAGCCUCAGAGACCUUGAAGCUUCCAAAGUAGAUAAACAACCGAAACGUGCAGAGAGUCGAGAGAGCCUUAAGUCCCUGCCCAAGGAUUCAAGACCUAGCAGUGCCUUGCUGAAGGACAAAUUUGGACGUGGGGAUGUUAAAAAGCAAGAUGUAAAGGCCAAGCCCAAGGGCCCAGGUGACAUUGCUCAUAAAGAAGGAAAGGAAGGGGAGGAAAAGUCUAAAUUAAAGGAUGUGGAUGCUAAACAAAGGCAUCAAAAGGCUGAAAAGUUUCCUACAAAAAAAGAACCUUUAAAGGAAGAGCGAAAAGAAGUGAAAAAGAAGGAUGAGAGAACCUCUCCAAGUGUUCCCAAAAAGGAUGAGGGUGUGGAGAAACCGAAAGAAACCGCGAAGAAAGAACCUCUUGGUCUUAGACCAAAGAAAGAACUCAAACCUGAUCCAAAGAAAGAGAUCAAAAAGGAAGUGAAGCCAGAUGAAAAGAAACCAACAAAACCUAUAGGCAAGGAUGUCAGGAAAUCAACAACGGGACCUUCAUUAGGAAUUACAGAUACUAAAAAGCCCUUAGGCAAAAAUGGAACUUUAAAGAAAGACGCAGUCCCCAAAAAAGAUUCAUUGAACAAGGGUGCAAAGUCAAAGAUUGGUCAAAAGGAGCCAGAGAUUAAAAAGGCAUCUGCCUCUGAAGGUGAUGCUGAUCGUUCCAAGAUGUCAACGCCUGAAGACAUGACGGCGGAAUUUGAAAAACUCAGAGCUGAAAGUGGAGAGUCAGACAAGAACAAUUCUGUUUUAGUUGACCCUAAACAAAUAGAGCAACCUGUGACAGAUCAAGCAUCAAGAGCAAAUGAUGACAGCAGGGAUAUCUUGGAAAGUCCAGAAAACUUCCGCUGCAUGGAGACACUCCCAAAUCCUGAAAAGGCAGUAGGAACUACUUCCCCUCUUGCAAAAACUCCUAAAAGUGACCGCAGUGUGAACUUUGAUCUCACACCAACAGAAUACAGGCUUCUUGAUGGGGCUCUGAGAAAUGGACAAGAAGAUCCAUGCGCCAGUUUAGAUGAGAAGACCUUAGAGUUGGUCUCCCCUGCCGACUCAGCCCCUAAUAGCGCUGGGCAUACGCCAUUUCACCAGUCACCUGAAGAGGAGGCUCAGGGAUCUGGUGAGGACAGUAGUCUUGGGGGUAGAGUGCCAAGCCUUGGUUUUGAAGACUGUCACAUCAUAGGUUCUUGCAGGAUCUCUGAGGUAGGCUCCUUAAGAGGAAACCUAGAGAACUCUACAUCAUCACAGGACAAACAGUCAAGCCUUUUGACACUGAGUCCCUUCUUGCUGCCUGAUUCCAUGUCCCCCAAUAUUACCUCCAUGCCUGCUGAAAUCGGUUCCCCACACUCAACAGAAGUUGACGAGUCUCUUUCCGUGUCUUUUGAACAGGUGCUUCCAUCUAUUGAUGAGUCACCCAAAGGAGACCAUAUAGACAGGUCCUACUCUAAUGGGAAUUGUCCUGAUUCUGAUCCAAAAGUGGGCAUGUCCUUACCUUUGAGGACAUCUCAUGGCAUGCGUCCACCUGGGGACGGGUCUGAGGAACGCCUUCCUGGACUACAGGGUCUCCUCCCAGACAUUCCCCAUGAUGUUGACCUCUGCCUGGUCUCACCCUGUGAAUUUAAGCACCCGAAGUCCCCAGAGAACCAACUUCAGCAUAUGUCUCCCGGGCUAGCCACUGGUAGCCCUCGAGAACUUUCAGAAGAUACUGACCAUUCCCAGGAGCUAGCAAAGCCACAGAGUGGAGUUAAUAGUGAUCGACAUUCACCACAAGGCCAAGAGACUCCACCCACGUCUGCUAGUGAGUCCCUCAGAACAGCCACAGAUUCCGACAUACCCCCAGUGACUGAAGACUGCCCCUCCAUCACUGCUGACAUGGACUCUGAUGAGGACUCUGGCAGCUUUCCACCCCACCAUCUAAACGACCAUCCCAGCUCUCAUUCCUCCAACAGAGGAGCUCAGCAUUCCUCUCAAGAUCCUCCCCCUGCACCAAUGAAGGACCUUCCCCCUUUGCCACCCCAGCCCGGAGCCUGCAUGGCCGACCCUGAGGCUGACACUGCAAGCAAGGCCUCAAAGAGUGCAGCCACAAAAAACAAGAAACCAGCUGGGGUCACACAGAGGUUAACGUCAGCCACCAGUACAACUUUGAACAGCAAGACAAAGGCUGGCAGCACCACAGGUACAUUGAAGACCACGUCAAGCCUUGACACAAGGCCUUCUUCUCGCAACACCUCCAGUGGCCCCAGACCCGGAAAUGCUAAAUCAGCCACUUCAGGUUCUGUGGGUAGUAAGUCCAGUACCACUGGAGGUGUACCCGCUUAUUUGGACAUGGCUUAUCUCCCUUCUGGUUGUGCCUCUGCCACCAUUGACGUGGAGUUCUUCCGGCGCCUGCGCUCGUCCUGCUACAUUGUCAGUGGUGACGAGCCCCUGAAGGACUCUGUUAUGAGACCUAUACUUGAUGCCCUGCUGGAGGGAAAGACAGCCUGGCCCAGUGUACCGGUGACCUUGAUCCCCACCUUUGAUUCGCUGACGAUGCAUGAAUGGUACCAGGAAACCCAUGAGAGGCAGAGGGAGCUUGGCAUCACAGUGCUGGGCAGUAACAGCACUGUGGCUAUGCAGGAAGAAUCCUUCCCAGCAUGCAAAGUAGAGUUCUGAGAGUGAAGGAACGAGACACAAACCAAAGUCUCUCACCCCCUUUAUUUUUUAACUGAUGACUUUUUUCCCCCUCAUCUACAAAUGGCGAUCACCUGUACCACUAUGCAUCAAAUAAGGCCUGGUGGAUUAGCAGAUCUCGCUUCUCCUUUCUAUCUUAUCAAUAUGAAGAGGACCCACUCGUAUCCAUAUUAGUCGCGGGUACAUCUUCACUAUGAUGGCCGAACAUGAAGAUGGUCUACCAACAUAAAGGUGUUCAUUAUGAAUGCUUAGUAAGGUGGACUUUGAAAAAUUGUUGUAGAUUUUUUUUUUAACAUUUUUCAGCAGCCUAGUUAUGUUCCAAAUCUGAAACGUUUCUAAGGCAACUAAUUGACACCUGUAGCAUAUCCUCUGUCUCCUUGGUACUCAAUUCCUGAGUUCUUCCAUAAACUAUUAGUUAUUCAUAUGGCAUUCAUAGGUAGCUCUAGCCCCACAACUAUUUACAUAUUGUCAUUUUCUACUGGGGAUGUCAGUGGCAGGUGUGUUACAGUAUAAUGUGUCUGUCAAAGACACAAAAGAAAUGCGGAGGGUACAUGAGGAGAUUAAUUCUGAUUUAUGGGAAAGCCAUCUCCAGGUGCACAGUUGAACAUGCAGAUUUCCUCUGUGCUCGCUGAAGGAUGACAAUGUUUCUCAUGUCUCAUUUCAGUUUCGUAGAUGGUUUGUGGACGCUAAGAGGAGAGAGGCAUUGUCUUUGGAAAAAGGCCAUGUGAAUAGGAAGAUUAGCCUGAAAAUUGCAAAAGAUUGAAGGUGUCAUGCAAUGUGCAUCAUUUUCUUUAUGUAACUUUGGUAUCUGUCACUUUAACCCUUCCUGUAGAGUGCAUAGUGUAUGGUGACAGUUGAGUGUUGGUUUAAAUGAAAGUACUUGGUCAGUUCUAGACAAUUUAUUCUAAAUUGAAAUACUAUUGAGUAGUGAUAGAUGGAAUGCAGUAGGUAAUUGAGUCUAAUGCACAAACUCACACAAAUUACUGUUUUAGUACUGACUAGUUGUUUAAUGGAAAAAGGGCGUUGUGAAUGAAGUGUUACACGUAACGUAUAUCCGCAAUCCACACUAAUAAAUCUGCUUUUGUGAAUCACCAUGUUCACGUCAAUGGGGCAAAGCACCUCUGAACAUAAGAGUCAAGGAAGACCCUAUCUGGUGUUCAGUGGUGUAUUGCAUUUGUACCCCGGAGGCUUCUGUUAUUUAGAAUGGUUUUAUCCUAGCAAAGCUGCAUGAGGACACUUCCACUUAUAAACUCUGUCGGUGGGACCACUGUAUGACACACGCAACAUGGGUGGAAAGCUUCACAGCACAGGGAUACACCUUGUUAGUGGGAAGUAAUAGGAAAACAUGAAUACCUUUCAAGAAAAUACAUUAUGUUUAUCUCAAAGAGUGGUUAUUAUUGUGCCUAAGUGAACUUAAAGGGUGCUUCUGGAUUUUGGCAACACGGCCCUUGAUCUAGUUCCCCAGAGUCAAGUUAACUUGGGACUACCUUUAUGUAUUUUGUGUCAAGUAUAAAGGACAUUAGGUACUUUUCAAUGCAAAUGCUAACUAGUGUAAGGACGUCUAGUCAUUAUGCUAAUGCUAGUUAAGGAGUUUGGUAGUCUUAGCAAGUUGCUUAAAAAAAGUACCUUGGGCAAGUACUCUAUUAAGGGCCUCAUUACUAAAAUCUUGAAAUAUGUCUCAGUAAAUGCAAAAUAAUUAAUGUUUAACAAGACCGAAACAGUUGUAUCAGCAAUCAGUGGUGUGUUCGUUUAAUAACAGUAGAAUGUAGAUGGCUUUAUCUGUGAAUGUCAAUGCUUUUAAGCCUCGAACACAAACGGUUUGUUUCCAAAUGCAUGCCAGCACUGCUUGCACUACUCUGCCCACCACUCGCUGUGUUAUGAUGCUCUAUAUGGUUUAGGAAUAUUAAAGGACCGUAACCUUUAAUUUUAAAUAACUGUUAUUCUUAGACACAUUCUUGUUUACUACAGUUGAUAUUGUUUUUUGGCAUGUCGAGUUAUACAUGCACGCAAAUCUCACAUUGUUUAUGUUAGGUUGUUAGUUUAAAUCUAAUUAGAAUAUCGUAUGAUGUCCCUGGUGUUAAAGCGGACAAAUGUCACGGCUUGUCUAGAGCACCAUUAACAUCUGAUAGAGUCAUCUUAGGUGAGGGUGUUUGCUGCCCGCCACAAUAUGAUAGAUCAUAUGAUUCCAAUGAUUUCAUGCAGAAAAUAUCUUGUUUUUUUUCCUCACCAUUUCAUUAGUAAUUAUAUUUAUUUGUUUUUCAUAAAUUAUUGAGUUUACUUUCUUUUUAUAGUUUUUUUUUUAUAUAUAUAUACAUCCUUGUGGUGCGGCUACUUUAUCACCAAUAAUUUGGUUCGCUACAGGCUGCUCACGUGAUACCAUUAGCCAAUAGCAGGACAGACAAAACAGAACCGAGCUUGCCUUGUCCUUCGUAGGAGUCUGAAAUGGCAGCAUGUUUUUUUGGUACUAGCUAUUAUAAGUACAAAAAUCACCGGAAAUGUAUUCCGUUUCAUUGGCCUUGGUCGCUUACGUCUAUCAACAUUUCACACUUUAGGAUUUGCUAAAUAUCUUCUAAUAAUCUCAACUUUAAACAUCCAACAAGUUAGUCCAUCAUGUCCAUAUACUUGGGCUCACCGUGUGUUUCACGUGUAUGGUUUCUAUUAAACUAUUUGGACUAAAUGCAUUUGUAUGGACAUGUAUGCCCUCUGCUGUCCAUACCGUGACUCAGCUUUGUCCCAGAAUGUACCAACUUUACCUCCCAUUCACAAUGUUUUGAAAGUCAUUUUCAUAGAUGUAUUAGACUAAUUGGACUUUAGCAAUAUGCCAUUAAACACAAAGAGUAUCCACAUUUCUGCCUCACUUCUGGUGAGUAGUUGGGAUUCAUGUGAAAUACCUAUUUUAUAAGUCUGAACUCCAGUAAAAAAAUUCUUCAGUCUCAAUAAAAACAGCUUUAUUACUGCAUGGAUAUCACAAGUGUUCAAAUCUGUAAGUCAUGCCAUGUAGUAGAUGAACUCACUUAGGAUGUUUGCUUGUUAACAACCAAGCUGGACAGGAUGUUUUGGGAGAGAAUACAUGAUUUAUUUAAAGCCAUUGCAUUUUUCAUAUUUGGUGCUAUAAUUGUUGAUCUUACUUGGAGACAUCCUUUCCAUGCACUUAUAAUUGUAACAUUGUUUAUUUUCAUUCCCUAUCUGUGGAUCACUCAUCACUUGCAAGUGUUUGGAUUUUACGCCCCAAAUCCCAUGAAUGUCUUUCAAAUGUUCAAUAGUGGGGCGGUUAAUUGAACUAAUUGGGAUGAUAAUUGAUAAUUCAGUAUUGAAACACUAUUUUUUUUUCCUUCAAUAAAUAUACCCCUUUUAUAAAA